AUGGACUAUCUUUUCUGGCAGUUACCCAAGGAACCAGACUUGAAUUAUUUUCCAAGGAUAAUGUGGACUGCGGAGAUAGAAGGUGUCUUGUGGGCUGAAGCUCAGAAAGAUGCGUGUAUAAAUCGUGGACCCCUAGAUGUUGUAGGAAAAGCUCUGCCACAUGGCAUCGACAAGUGUUAUAUUGAUGGAGCAUGGAAAGAACAUGAUCCUUAUACGGGACAAGGAUGGGUCUAUAGGAAAAAUGGAUCCACUGAUACUAUGAUGGGUGCAAUGUCUAUCCGCACGAGUCUAUCACCUUUACAUGCUGAAUGUGAAGCUUUGAUAUGGGCGAUGGAGUGCAUGAAGACCCUACAAGUUUUAGAGGUGGUGUUUGCAACUGACUGCUCUCAAUUGGUGAAGAUGGUGUCUACACCAACAGAAUGGCCGGCGUUCACUACACAUAUGGAGGAGUUUCUGCGAUGUAAGGAGUUCUUUCUCAACUUUACUAUCCAACAUAUCCCAAGGGCGCUAAAUACUCUGGCGGACAAGCUGGCACGAGGUGAUAGGACUUCGCCAUCUGCUAUGGUUUAUGUUGAUUCAGUUUCCCCGAGGUGGCUCUCGGACCAGAGAUCUUCUUAG